AUGUCCACGCUCAUCAACCACGAAAGGAUCGAUACGGAUGUGAAGGAGUUUCCAACAAAGAUAGAGCUAGUGGAUGGUUACUCGAAUGACCUCAGUAAUGCCACUUUCAAGCUUUUCAAUGAGGAUCAUACUAUUGGGAAUUCGUUGCGGUAUAUCAUAAUGAAAAACCCAAACGUAGAAUUCUGUGGAUACUCAAUCCCGCAUCCAUCAGAACCCGUGGUGAACCUGCGUAUACAGAUGUAUAGCGGGUUGAGCAGCGUCGAUGCCUUGUAUAAGGGCUUAGGGGAUCUAGAGAAUCUUUUCGAGGUUAUACAGAACAAGUACAGUGACCAAUAUAAGCAAUUCAAACAGUAA